AUGAGCUCCACGAUCGAGGGCCGCGAUGACUGGGCCCGAGAGGACGACCUCGACUUGGGACAGGACCACGACCAGGACGAGGACGAACUGCAGCAGCUUCCGGUCGCGGUAACCAACGGCACUGACGCUGUCAAGGACGGGAUUCCGUCGGAGGGCCUGAAGAAUGGGUCAAUUGCAUAUGUGGAGGAGGACAUACCCGAUCUCGCUGCGCAGAAUCAUGUUCCGGGGAUAGAAGCCGACUCGCAGUCGCCGUCACAGUCGCCGUCACAGUCGCCGCAUCCUGCGAAGAUAGGCUUGGGCUCGUCCGAGGGUGUCGAUGAUAUUGCUUCGAAUCCAGAUGAUACGCCAUCUUUGCGAGGAUCGAUCCAAUCGUCGCCGAGUAGCAGUGCGCUGGCACUCCGUGGCUCCUCUACUCUUCCUAGCCCCAGCCCCAGCCCGGCGCAUCGUCCCUUUGACCUUCGGUUCCAGUCGAGGCUGUCUGUUUCGUCACUCGGCAGCCUCCGGCCGUCGUCGCCGUUUCUUACCCAAGUCCACUCGCGAAAGUCGUCGCUUACAAGCCGGUUGUCGCCGGCUACUCUUGACUCCGACCGGGAUGGACAGCAGGACCCUUGGGAAGUUGUGCGUUGGACGAAGUUGAGGAAGAUAACUGGUCAAGCAUUCUCAGAGGUCGGCAAGCGGAAUUUUGGCUCUCCUACGUGUAUGGUUGUCUCUACAUCGAUCGUUGUUGGGACUUCAAGAGGUAUUGUCUUGGUGUUUGAUUAUCAGCAGAAUUUGAGGGCUGUUAUUGGGCACGGAACAAAAGCUGUAGAAUGCGGAGCAAUCCAGUCUCUGGCACUCUCUGCGGACCAUUCGACUGUUGCCACGGGCCAUGUAUCAGGGGAUAUUUUCACAUGGGAGAUAUCAAGGCCGGCGCGGCCUUUCCUUACCAUCCAGCCAAUACCUGCGAAUCAGGUCGAGACACGGACUUCUGAUGGCCAUAUUUCCGGGUCACCCGUAAUACACCUGGGAUUCCUGGGAACUAGACGCACUGCGCUCGUCUCUGCGGACAAGCGGGGAAUGGCAUUCUCUCAUUUAGCGACGCGCGGUAUGGGUGCUAUGGGACGUACGGUGAAGACAACACGAAUACUAGGCCGCUAUCCACAACCGUCGCUGGAAAAUACCAAGCCACGAAAGCCGAGCUCUGUGCUCGCCUUUUCGCCUCUCCCCCUAGGCAAUGUUGAGCAGGCAACGGAUUCUCUUGGUCUGGCCGCCAUGCUUACCCCAUAUCUGCUCGUUAUCGUCUCUACAACGCCAGUAGCACAGACUCAGCACAAAUCACCGCGUCCGAAAGAGGUUGCCGCUCAUGGCGCAAUGACUGGCGCUCUUGCCUGGUUCCCCGCAAUCAGAUUAAAGGGAAAUGAAUCGCAAACAUCCAAGACAAAACUUGUGUACUGCUGGUCAAACGUACUGACAGUGAUGGAUGUUUUGGAGGUGGAAACUGACGAUUCAUCGUCCAACGACCGCCCUCCCAGCUUGGAGUUCCGACCCCGAUGUAGAUGGCGAGCCGAUGAAGCUAUUGUGGCCGUACAGUGGUUGAGCAGAUCAGUACUUGCGGUCCUUACAAUCACCCAGCAACUGCUCAUCCUGGAGGACCAUACGAUGCGGGUGACCAAUGCUGUUGAUCUUCUGAACCGGCAAAUUUACCAUGUGGAUUUGUUCUCAGCUCAGCUCCAUUCACUCAUUGAACAGUUUAAUGAAGAGGAUACGUCCAUGCAUGGCGUUGUGGCCGAUGCGUUUUAUAUGAGUUUCCGAUCCUACAAGGGACGAUUGUUCAUGCUUGGCUAUAAUGAGUUGUUGGUUGGAAGUCUAUCGAAUUGGGCAGAUCGACUGCUCGCUAUCAUGGAAGCUGGUGAUUUUAUCGAAGCUAUCCGUCAAGCAACGGCCUAUUAUAGUGGAAACUCGGAGAAGCUGACUGUUGGCCUUCCCGACGAGGACUCACUAAGGCAACCUAUCGUGCGAGAGAAGCUCCUGGAGAUGAUCUCUGCUUCCCUCAAGUAUGCUUUUGGCAGGAACGAAGAAGCCCCUAAUGAUCGACUUGAGCGCCAACAGCUGCAAGAGCUAGCCGAGGUCUCUAUCUCGGCCUGUGUUUGCAUGGCUGACGAGGAUUUCUUAUGGGAUGAGGUCUUUACUUGGUACGAGGAGCACGUGUCUGAAGGGGUCUUUCUUGAUGCCCUGGAAUCCUUCAUUGUCGAAGGGACGGUUUUGUCGUUACCUCCGACUGCUGUCAAAGCCCUGAUCAACCAUUUCGUCAUCACCCAUACUGCCAGCCAACUGGAAGAGAUAAUUUGCCUGCUUGACACUAGCACGAUGGACAUCGACCAGGUGACCACAUUGUGCAAGCAGCACAACCUCUAUGAUGCCUUUAUAUACGUUUGGAAUCGAUGCCUGGGGGAUUAUGUCGGGCCGUUGGAGGAGCUGAUCAAAUUGAUCCCUUCUCCACAGUCUUUGACCAAUGGCAAUUCCGUCUACGAGCUGCAAGACUACACGAACGCGAUGAAGAUCUUCCCAUACCUCUCCUUUAUUCUCACAUCACGUUCGUAUCCGACAGGUAGCGAUAUGGAUGAUGCCGAUGCCUCACGAGCAAAGGCGGCCGUGUACAACUAUUUGUUCUCUGGGACUCGCGGGUCCUCCUCUCCACUUGAAGUGCUACUGAAGUUUGACGCAUCCAGCUUCAUGAGCAUGCUGAACGAAGCGUUUGAGGACAGCUUCCUGAAUGAGCAGGACCCAGACGAGGUCCCUCAUCAAGGGGUGUCUGUCAAUCGACAGUAUUUGAUUACCAUUCUACUCCAAACCAUGACGUCGGCCUCCUUCGAUAACUCUGACUCGAUCUACCUGGAUAUGUUCAUUGCUCGAAACCUUCCGAAAUACCCACAGUACAUUCUGCUCGCCGGCAGUACCCUCCAUCAAGUCCUUGAGCGGUUGUGUUGCUACCCGACUGAGGAUAUGGCAGAAGACUGCGAGUUGAGUGCCGAGUACUUACUGUCCAUCUACCAUCCGCCAGAUAUUCAACAGAUGAUUCCUCUCUUCCGUGAGGCACGUUUCUAUAGGAUCCUCAAAUCGACCUAUCGCGCUGAGAAGCAAUUUCCGGAGCUGAUACUCACAUACUUAGAAGAUCCAAGUGAGCGAGAGAAAAUAUUUACUUGUCUUCAAGACUGCCUCCGCCCCGGCUCUAACUUGGGAAAGAAGCAAAGGCAGGCUGUGGUCGGUGUGAUUAAGGCUCGUUCCCAUGACAUCGCGGCUAUAGACGUUUGCAUGGCGGCACAAACGAUGCGUGAUUUUGCGCCAGAGACACAUGGAACAUUUAUCAGGGCGCUAGAGGACGACAGUUAUGGCCAGUAUCAAUACCUGAGUGUUAUUGUUGAGCAGAGGAUGCAGUCUGCACCGGAGAACCACCAAGCUCGUCCUAUCGAAAAUUGGAUGAUCGAGCGUUAUAUCCAGCUACUCUGUAGGCAUGAUCCAACCCAGGUAGCCAACUUCGUGGAUACCCUCCGUGAAGGUGACAUUAGACUCGAAGAGCUACUCCCGUCAAUGGAGGAAAGCGGGGUGGUGGAUGCUGCUGUGAUUCUCCUGGCCAGACAAGGUCAAGUGAGGGCCGCGAUGGACCGCCUCAUUGCGCAUCUGAAGACAUUGGAAUCAGGGCUGGUGGGCAUUCUACAGUGUGUGCAGGAGGCGCCCGAUUCGACUACCACGGCGGAAGCAAUCGAGGAUCUUCUCGAGUCUCUCAACAAGUACGCGAAGGUUGGAACGUGGCUGUGUCAGGGCCAGAGCAAGACGGCCAAGAAUUCGCGUAUCGAACGUAACGGUGGCGGCAAGAACGCCUUACAGCAACCUCUUUCUUUUGACGAGGAGCUAUGGCUCGACCUGCUCGAGGGUAUUGUGCGCAUUGCAAGUAGCGUGUUUGCGCAGAUUCAAGGCGGGCUUGCGAACCAGGUAGAGAUGGCAGAGUCAGAGCCCACUCCUUCAUUCGGCACGAACGCUUCUCAGCUCGUGUCGUCGUUUCGUUCCCUAGUGCAACAGGUCUUUACUAUCCUCCUUUCGAGCACGGUCCGAACUAGCGGUUCAGGUCCGGCGAAGGGCGAACGUAACGACGUUGCGUUUCUCCGUAUCCUUCGUGCCUUCCUGACUAGGGCAGCAAGUUGGUCUCCAUCACUUCUCGAACUGCGAGCCGUCCUUGCCUCGGUGUUUUCCGCCUACACCUACGAAAAGUCACUGUUAUCUCUGGCCAACGGGAUGCUGGACCGCGAUCUCUUCGUGCAUGUCGAUGAGGUGACGCGCCUACGGCAGAGGGGAUGGCGGCCGCGAGGCCAAGUCUGCGAAAUCUGCCGGCAGCGCAUCUGGGGCCCUGGGGUCGGCCCCCAACAUUGGCAUGCAUGGGAAAGACGCCAAAGCGACCUGAAACAGCACCGCCUCGCCCGACAGCUGGAAGAACGGGUCGACCCUGCGACUGCCAGAGGGAAAGGCAAAGCGGCAGUAACCCCGACUGAUGCGUCUUUCCACCAUGACGACAGGCACAUGGGCGGGGGCACGAGCGAAGAAGCGGUAAUCAAACUUCAUGAGGAGGAGGCCAGCGUGACUCAAGGGCCGGUGGUGGUGUUCUCAUGUCGACACCUAUACCAUCGCCAGUGUUUAGUGGACAUUGGGCAGUCACGGCCGACACGGCAGCGGCAGCAUGAUGGGGAGUGGGAAAAGCUGGUCUGCCCUGUUUGUCCUGUACAUAGCGAAUGA